AUGGAAAUGCAGAUCCUACUGAUGACUGCGUCGCCUGUCGCAAUGCCUACUGUGGCGAUGUGCGACGAUGGCAACGCCGACUCGAGCGAUGCUUGUGUUGCCUGCGUUCACGCUGUCUGCGGCGACGGCCACGUUCAACUUGGGGUCGAAGCCUGCGACGACGGCAAUACCAACACCGACGAUGCCUGCAUCGGCUGCUUGCCGGCCUUUUGCGGCGACGGCCACGUCUACGCAGGCGUCGAAGAGUGCGACGAUAGCAACGUCGACUCGUCCGACGCCUGCGCCUCGUGCUCUCACGCUGUCUGCGGCGACGGCCAUGUCUGGGCCGGCGUCGAGGAAUGCGAUGAUGCCAACGCCGUUUCCACCGAUGCUUGCAUUGGCUGCAAGUCUGCCGUCUGCGGCGACGGCCACGUCCACGCCGGCGUCGAAGCCUGCGACGACGGCAAUGCACACAACACCGACGGCUGCGUUGACUGCAAGCUGGCGGUCUGCGGCGACAGCCAUGUCCAUGCCGGCGUCGAAGAGUGUGACGAUGGCAACGCUGACAACACCGACGCCUGCGCUGCCUGCACCGCUGCCGUCUGUGGCGACGGCCAUGUUUGGGCCGGCAUCGAGGCCUGCGAUGAUGCCAACUCGGAUCCAACCGACGCCUGCAUUGACUGCACCGCUGCCGUUUGCGGCGACGGCCACGUCUGGGCCGGCGUCGAAGAGUGCGACGACGCCAACACGGACCCGACUGAUGUCUGCGUUGGCUGCAAGCACGCCGUCUGUGGUGACGGCUUUGUCCACGCCGGCGUCGAAGAGUGCGACGAUGGCAAUGCUGUCGCCACCGACGCCUGCGUCAGCUGCAAGUCGGCUGUCUGCGGCGACGGCCACGUUCGGGUCGGCGUCGAAGAGUGUGACGACGGCAAUACCGACUCGACUGAUGCCUGCAUCUCGUGCUCGCUCGCAUCUUGCGGCGAUGGCCUUGUUUGGGCUGGCGUUGAAGAGUGCGACGACGGCAACACAGUCAACACCGAUGCCUGCGUCGGGUGCAAGCCCGCAGUCUGUGGCGAUGGCUUUGUCCACGCUGGCGUCGAAGAGUGCGACGACGGCAACGCCGACGAUACCGACGGCUGUGUUGGCUGCAAGUUCGCCGUAUGCGGCGACGGCCACGUCCAUGCAGGCGUCGAGGCCUGCGACGACGGCAACGCCAUCGAUACCGACGCGUGCGUCAGCUGCGCCAAUGCCGUCUGCGGGGAUGGCCAUGUCCACCUCGGCGUCGAGGCAUGCGACGACGGCAACGCCGACAACACCGACAACUGCGUCGACUGCACCAUUGCCAGCUGUGGCGAUGGCGUCGUCCUCGACGGCGACGAAGAGUGCGACGACGGCAACAGCAUCUCCACCGAUGCCUGUGUCUCGUGCAACCGCGCCGUGUGCGGUGACGGGCACGUGUGGACCGGCGUCGAAGAGUGCGAUGACGGCAACACUAUUUCCACCGACUCUUGCGUCGGCUGUAGAACGGCGGUCUGCGGCGACGGACACGUUCAUGCCGGCGUCGAAGAGUGCGACGAUGGCAAUGCCGACAACACUGACGCCUGCGUUGGCUGCAAGUUCGCGGUCUGUGGCGAUGGCCACGUCCACGCCGGCGUCGAGGCUUGCGACGACGGCAACGCCAUCGACACCGAUGCCUGCGUCAGCUGUGCCAACUCGGUCUGCGGCGACGGCCACGUCUGGGCAGGCGUCGAGAGCUGCGACACAUCUAAUCCGUCGUCGUGCUGCUCGCAUGUCAAUUGCAUCGCGCCCGGCAGCUCGGCAGCAUGCUCAACCUGUCUCAACGCCUCGAUGGUCCUGCAGUCGGUCUGUGUUGACGGCGCCGACGCCUGCAAGCUCGACGGCUCCGAGUCGGCCGUCUCGUGCUUCCCUUACGCCUGCAUCGACGUGCCGACCCAUGCCCAUGCUGCCUGGGUCGAGCCGGUGUAUCGACUCAUCCGCGCCAGCACCAUCGCCGCCGCCGCCACCCUCGCCGCCGCCACCCUCGCCGCCUCUCCUACCGCCGCCCUCGCCACUCCCACCGCCACCGCCGCCGCCGCCGCUUCAGCCGCCACCGCCUCGCUCGGCGUCGUGCUUGUGCUCGGCGUGGCCUCGGGCUGCCUACUCUGCUCGCUCUGCCUCCGGCUGGCGCUCAAGGCCUACCUCUACCAGCCUGUGGUCCGUGGGCGCAAGUACCGCGGGCAGACAAGCGCCAGCCACGGCGAGCCUGUUGUUCUGUGGGCCGGGUGCGUGAUGACCAAGGUCUCGUCGGCGUCGACAGGCCUGAUUGACUUUGACGCCCACGCCACGGUAGCGGUCCGCAAGGCUCGUGAAGAGUACGAGUACGACCACGACUACGACUUUGCCUACUUUACCGGCGGCCUCGGCGGCCUCGGCUCGUCGAGCUCGUCGGCGUUUGACAAGCACCGGUCGACGUCGCGAUUUCUGUUUGAGGAAGAAGACGUCGACUUUGGCGCAAACUCGACAGUCUCGGACUUUGAUGACGAUGACGACGGCGACGAGACGUCAGCGCUCAACUCUUCGUCGCGGCGAGUGCGGUUCUCACUCGGUGCCACCUCGUCGGCCCCGGCGUCGUCGGUCUCUGCUGGUGACAUCAAGAUUGACAUGAGCAGUUCAUCAACGUCGUCGCUGAUGUCAUCAUCGUGA